UUUCGUAUGUACACUGUAAAAGUUGACACGACAGCGGACGAGACAGGUGCUUGAGUGCACGUAAGCUGAGUUUUGUUGUAAAAAAAUGUCAAGUGGAUGUGUUUUGGUGACAGGAGGAGCUGGCUUUGUUGGCACCCAUUCUGUCAUAGAACUAGUCAAUGCAGGAUAUUCUGUUGUUGUUGUAGACAACUUUGUUAAUGCUAGCCAUGAAAGUUUGAAAAGAGUUGAGGAAAUAUGUGGUGCAAAAAUCCCAAUCUUCUCUGUAGAUUUAACAGACAAACAAGCUUUAGCAGAUUUAUUUAAAAAGCACAAGUUUACCAGCGUUAUACAUUUUGCUGGUCUGAAAGCUGUAGGAGAGUCCUGCGAAUUACCACUACUUUACUACAAAGUGAACAUAGGAGGGACAACUAAUUUACUAGAGGUUAUGAAAGAAAACAAUGUAAAGAAUCUGAUAUUUUCAAGUUCAGCUACAGUAUAUGGUACACCAGAAUAUUUACCUUUAGAUGAGAACCAUCCAACAGGGGGAUGUACAAACCCAUAUGGCAAAACAAAAUACUUCAUAGAAGAAAUAAUGAAAGAUCUGUCUAAAUCAGACCCUGAAUGGAACAUUGUUAUAUUGCGUUACUUCAAUCCAGUAGGUGCUCACAAAUCAGGAAAGAUUGGAGAAGACCCUCAAGGUGUUCCAAAUAAUUUGAUGCCAUAUUGUGCUCAGGUAGCUGUUGGAAAGAGAAAGGAGAUAAAUGUUUAUGGCAACGAUUAUGACACACCAGAUGGCACUGGAGUCAGAGACUAUAUACAUGUUGAAGAUAUAGCAAUUGGACAUGUUGCAGCACAGAAAAAAAUUGAAGAAUGCUGUGGUCUUAAGAUAUACAAUUUAGGGACAGGACAAGGCUAUUCUGUGAUGGAUAUGAUUAAUGCAUUAAGUAAAGCUGCAGGUAAACCAGUACCCCACAAAAUAGCAGAGAGAAGGACAGGUGAUAUAGCAUCAUGUUAUAGUAAACCAGACUUGGCUGCUAAGGAAUUAGGAUGGAAGGCAACCCGAGGUUUAGAUGAAAUGUGUGAAGACUUAUGGAGGUGGCAAACUAUGAAUCCUGAUGGUUUCAAUUCAAACGGACCUAAAAGUUAACAGAUAUAUUUCUAAGCAAAUCCUAGGCAGCUAGGCUAAUUAUCUGUGAUCAAAAGGGGAAUGAUUUCUCAUGUAGACUGGGUAUAAUUUGGUAUUAAUUUAAUGGUUAGUGUUCUGUGAAAUUACAAAUAAAUCAGUAUAUCUUGAGGGGAUCAAAUGUAGAAUAUCUAUAAUAAGUAUAAUCAUAUGUAACCUGGGAAGCUUUGUAGUAAUCAUAGUUGUGGACAAAAGGAAUCUUAAUUUGUGAUUGAAAAAAUUAAAUGAUUUUCUUAUAAAAAUGAUAUCAGCAUUAUAUUUAAUAAUUGUGAAAGUAUUAUUAUUCAUUUUUUAGCUCACCUGGCCCAAAGGGCCACGUGAGCUUUUCUCAUCACUUCAUCAAAUUUGACCAAACUUGGCCACAAUCAUCAUUGGGGUAUCUAGUUUAAAAAAUGUGUCCGGUGACCCGGCCAACCAACCAAGAUGGCCGCCAUGGCUUAAAAUAGAACAUAGGGUUAAAAUGUAGAUUUUGGCUUAUAUCUCUGAAACCAAAGCAUUUAGAGCAAAUCUGACAUAUGGGGUAAAAUUAUUUAUCAGGUCAAGAUCUAUCUGCCCUGAAAUUUUCAGAUGAAUCGGUUGUUGGGUUGCUGCCCCUGAAUUGGUAAUUUUAAGAAAAUUUUGCAGCUUUUGGUUAUUAUCUUGAAUAUUAUUAUAGAUAGAGAUAAACUGUAAACAGCAAUAAUGUACAGCAAAGUAAGAUCUACAAAUAAGUCAACAUGACCAAAAUUGUCAAUUGACCCCUUAAGGAGUUAUUGCCCUUUAUAGUCAAUUUUUUACAAUUUUCAUAAAUUUUGUAAAUUUUUACAAAAUAUUUUCCACUGCAACUACUGGGCCAAGUUCAUUAUAGAUAGAGAUAAUUGUUCAGUAAAGUAAGAUCUACAAACACAUCACCAUCACCAAAACACAAUUUUGUCAUGAAUCCAUCUGUGUCCUUUGUUUAAUAUGCACAUAGACCAAGGUGAGCGACACAGGCUCUUUAGAGCCUCUAAUUUUAUUUUAUUAUUCCCCCACCCGAUAGCUGUCAACUGACCCGUAUUCUGUGGGUCCCACCCGAGAAUUUCCCCCUCACACUGGAUUUUUUAAAUGCCCAGCCGGGUAUUCAAAUAACCCGGGAUUUCAGAAAAUGACCUGUUUUCACCCGUAUUUCUGACCGAUAUUGUUUCCGGUAUUUAGAAGUCAAAUAUACUUUCGGUUUUCGUGUUUGUCCUUUGAAAAGGUAAACAAUUGAAAUUAGAAUUUGCUUAUUUACCAUGCCAAUGAAAGCUAUCAAAACAUUACAUUUGAUUGAAAAGUAACAAUUCGAGGAUUGUUUGUUAAUUGUACCCCAUAAAGUUGAAUCCAGUCAAGCUUGACAUACAAUUCUAUGUCCUGAUUAAAAGAUUUACCGUUUGCAAAUAUCCGCAAUCCUGUAAAAAUCAUUCUAAAACAAUUUGAACCUUUUAAUACAUUUCUGUUGGAGAGAAUAAUUUUGUUAUCACUUAAAUGUAAAAGCUUUAAAUCAAAUCCAUAUGCUCUAGAUAUUACACUGAAAGGAAACACACCAACUUCUUUCUAUUUAUCUUCCUCCUGUGUAUAGGAGCUAGCACAUUAGCUAUAAUUGAUUUCUAAUUACAUGUAUAGCUGGGGUUUAUGACAUUCAUUAAUAAAAAGAAGUAAACUAGUGUGAAUAAAACAAUAAAAGGGCAUUGCUUUAGAAAGAUAUUUAAUUAAUGAUAAAUAUUUAUAUACUUAACAAAUACAAAGUAAUUAUUUUUAGGAAACUCAGUGGUACAUGUAUAAGUUAAAGUAUAUAAAAAAAAACUCUCAACACUAAAAUUGGACAGAAAAAGUUCGUACGGGUUAUGACCUGACAUUUUUUUCUUCAAUGCAGGUCAUGACCUGCAUUUUCAGUUUCAGAGGUUGACAGGUAUGCCCCACCCUAGGAGUGGGUUAAAUUGCAAACACCUUGUCAUCUGUUUGUCCAACACAAAUAUUUUCCUUACACAUUUCUUAGGAUGGAACUUAUAAAAAUAAUAGUUUUAACUGUCGAAUUUUUCAAUAUGGUGAAUGAACUAAAUAUUUUGUUCACACAUUUCUCCAGUAAUGCUUAACAGAAUGACGUCAUAUUUAGCUAGCUGCUUGACAGUAAUGAGUUGUAAUAUGUGAGCACUUUUCGGAUCUGUUAGACAUCUACUUUCUGUUUGCCGAUACUUUUGAAUUACAAGUAGCAGUAAGCUUAGCAUAAUUAAAAAAAUAUAUAAUGAAGUCUAAAGGUGAAGAAUUGGGGAAACAUUUGUAUUCAUUUGAGAAGAAUACCAUAUUUGGGCAUAAUUUCAAUUAUGUGGAGGUUAUUUCCCAUUAAACAAAAAAUCAAAGAAUAAGUUAAAAUUUUAUUUGAAGUUGAUAAAAAGGUUAUUAUCUUUUGACAUCAGCAAAUAUAAUUGGAUGUGAAUGUCUUAGUAAUUUUCAGAUAAAAGGCCUGUUCCAGUAUUGUGACCACAACUGAUCCAUUUUUUUUAUUUCGGUAUACUUUGGACCAAAUCUUACACCUGCAGCCCUUGCCCUUUUUAGUUUUAUUUACCUAGAUGAAAUACAUUUCAUGUUCAUUUGUAUUGUGCCAAAUAUUUUGCACUUCAAGAAAAGAGUCAAGUUGACAUCUACGAAUAAUAAUACUUUUUUUUAUUAAACAUGUAUGUAUUAAUUAAGUGCUUCCUUAACUUAUUAUAUUCCUUUUGUGGCCAAUGUUUACACACUUAUUAUAUUUCAUUUACAUUUAUUAACCAUGAUUUAUGUAUUGAGGUUUGUACACAUAAUAUUGUUCUGUAAACUAAUUUUAAUGUGACAGAAAUAUGGGAUGUAAUUUGUUCAUAUGUAAAUGUAUUCAAAUACUAGUCUAAAUCAACCUGGCUUUGUCUCAUGCUUGAUGACAAUCAGUGAAUGUAUGUUUUUUUCUUUGUAUAGUCCCUUUUUUAUUAAUUUGGUGUUCAUGUGUCCUAUCCUUUGUUAUAAGACACUUCAAUCCCUCUGUACAUUUUUUAUUUCAAAAUAUCUGUUAUUGAAUAGAUAUUUAUGAAUUUUUUUUCAUUUCCUCUAUAAAUUUUUGAUUUCAUAAUCAAGACUAAUAUAACAGAACUGAUGUUUUAAAACUUGUGUAAUCUGGCUCUCUCCAUCUUAAACUUUGGACAAGCCUAACAUCCACAAAUCCUUCUGUUUCAGAAAGGAAGAAAGAUGACAAUAGGUUCUGUAAAUGCUAUUCAGCUAUUGUAAUCAUGGCUCAUUUCAGGGUAUGCCAAACAUCAGAUUAUUUAGGUAUUGUAUUUACCCCUUGAUUUAAAUCUGUAUGUGGAUUUAUGAGGAGAGAAUUAGGCAAUGGUCUGUCAAUACUAUAUUAUAUUUCAGUUGUUCUUCCCAUGAUAAUUUUGUUUGAUUGUAGAUAGUACAGUAGCAAUUUGUACUGUUUUCAUGCUCCCAAAAGAACAAAAAUCAAAAUUUUGGAAACUGAAUUAAUAAAGCAAUUCAUAUCAUAAAAAUCAGAUAAAAGUAGAAAAAAAUAUUUUGUGACAAACAAAACAAAUGGAUUAUUUUGAAAUUAUUAAUUUGUCAGUAUACUGAGUUUAAUUUGAUAAUGAUUGUUUGUUUGUUUGAAGUCAGAACUUUAUUCCAAACAAUUUUCAAUUUCUAUAGAUUAAAUAACCUGCCAAUAGCUAUAUCUUUAGUUUUUUUUUAAACAAAAGAAAAUUUAGUUUUGAUAAUUCUACACUAAUUCUAACCAAUAGUACUAUUUUAAAAGGUUUCAUAAAAUUAAUAUAACAAAUAUAUACAUAUAUAUAUGAAAACUUGACAAUAAACAAACAUUGUUUACCAUCUGUUAGAAUUAUUUGUAACGGACGAACAACAUGUCACAACGAAAAAAUCAUUAUUCUUUAUUUACAUAUUAAAAAGAAUGACUGAAAAUUUCAAAAACUUUAUUAUUAUGACCAUGCUGACUUGUCAGAGGUGCCCUUUUAUAUUCACUCUUUCUGUUUUUCAGUGCUUUUACGUCAUAGGAUAAGUCAAGAUUGCCUCAGUUGAUUGUCCUAAUAUUUAUGAAUAGUGUUACUACCUAUAAAAGGUGAAAUGUGUUAAAAACUUAGUUAUUUGUUAUAAAAUUUUGAGACACCUCUUUUGUUGCUUAAAUAUCACCAAAAAUUGGUAUACAGCAGUGUGUGAACCCAUGUUAUGUAAUUGCUAGCAUAUUGCUAAUUUGAAUAAUGAAUAUGUCACCAGAUUCGUUGUUAAUUUGAAGUAAAAUCAGAUUUCAUUAUUUUUUAGUUUUUAUUUUAAUUAGAUGAAAAAAAAUUGUUAUUGGUUGUUGAAAUGAAUUUUGAACUACAAUCAGGUAAUCUUUCAAAUAUUCAUUAGUUUGUGAUCACAUCAACUUGAAACUUCGUACACAUGUUCAUUACGAAGUGAACUUUUUGAUAUAUAUAUAUGUAUAUGCAAAAUUAGGGAUGUGACGAAGAUUUCAGAGUUCACUGAACAAUGAAAAAAGAUAGUGUAAACGAGUAUGAUGCCCUGUUGACACAUAUUCAUGAUUUUUUUUUCAAUUUUGUGCAUUCAAAAGCUAGAUAUUUUAAAAGCUGUCCUUUUAUGUGCCCUUCCAAAGAUAAAUUUGUCACUUUAUAUUUACAAUACUAUGAAGUAUUUUUGGGCAAACUUCACAUAUUUACCCAUUAUUCUAAUGCUUAUUUUAUUUAUUUUUCGAUAUUUCAUUUCUAAAUGUCAGAUAUAGCCUUUAAUACACCAGCUCUAUUACAUCAUUACACAAGCUAUGAUUUAAUAAAUUAUAUAAAUGUAGAUAGGAAAAAAGUGAAAAUAAGUGGCAUGUGUGUUCAACUUUGAACAUUCAACGUUCAAUCUUAAUUAGCUAGGAUUGCCAAUUUUUCUGCUGAAGGUCAGUGGUAUUCCUCUUGGCUUGUCGGCUUCUUCCACUAAUAAAAAAUGACCACCACGAUAUAGCCAAUAGUGCUGAAAGUGGCAUUAAACACAAAUCAAUCAAUCAAUUAAAGAAUAUUUUUACAUUUUUUGUGUUUAUAUUUUUAAGAAUUAAAAGUUUUAUGUAUUAUGAAAUGUUGUUAUUGAUUUAACAGUUUUGUUUUGAAUGACCACCAAGUUAUGCAAUGUCAUUAUUUUAUAUGGAUAUAUUGUUAUUAUAGUAUAUGGAGACAUUGUGUUAUUGUAUAGUAAAGGGAUACUAUAUUUCUGCUACAUUUUCUGUUGGUGUACUUGUACUUAAAUAUGUAAUACAAUAAAGAAAUUUCCAAUGAACAAAUAAAAGCUUUCAUUGGGCUGGACAUUUCUAUUUCAGGUGCAUAAGUGAUAACGUUCUUUAAUAUAGAUUACAAUAUUUAAAAUUUGGAAUUAACCCAGAAACUUAAUAAGUUUUAUUCAAUAUUAUUUUUUUAUGGUAAUCUCAAGUAGGAAGUUAGAUAUGUUUUUAUAAUCCUGUCAUAGACUGGAGGUAUUAUGGUAUACUGUUUAUAAUCCUGUCAUAGACUGGAGGUAUUAUGGUAUACUGUUUAUAAUCCUGUCAUAGACUGGAGGUAUUAUGGUAUACUGUUUAUAAUCCUGUCAUAGACUGGAGGUAUUAUGGUAUACUGUUUAUAAUCCUGUCAUAGACUGGAGGUAUUAUGGUAUACUGUUUAUAAUCCUGUCAUAGACUGGAGGUAUUAUGGUAUACUGUUUAUAAUCCUGUCAUAGACUGGAGGUAUUAUGGUAUACUGUUUAUAAUCCUGUCAUAGACUGGAGAUAUUAUGGUAUACUGUUUAUAAUCCUGUCAUAGACUGGAGGUAUUAUGGUAUACUGUUUAUAAUCCUGUCAUAGACUGGAGGUAUUAUGGUAUACUGUUUAUAAUCCUGUCAUAGACUGGAGGUAUUAUGGUAUACUGUUUAUAAUCCUGUCAUAGACUGGAGGUAUUAUGGUAUACUGUUUAUAAUCAAUAAUAUAUAAUAAAUAAUCAUAAUCAUAUUAUGUUGCUAUUAAGGGUGUUUGCUACCAGGUUUUUAAAUUAUCUUCUAUAGUUUGUAGUCCUUCUCAGAUUUUCUUAAGAUAUACAUUAACAUUUUUAGCUCUGUAACACCUAUAUUUGUUAAUAUUUCUUUAAAUCUUCCUUUUCAAAUACACUUCUGGUCAAAUAUUUGGAAAUCUUGUUAUUUCAAAUAUUUUUUUCGUGCAGUUUAAUGUUCAUUUUAUCCCUUUGAUUUCAUAGGAAAAAUCAAAAGAUAUAUUUUUUUGCCAAAAAUUUUAAUUUUGCAAAUGAUUGUAUCACAAAAACAAGUACACUGACAUACAUAAAUUUUCCAUUAUAUUUACCUGUAUUUAUUAUAUAAUGAAAAAAAAAAUCAUUUAUGAACAUGUUAUAAUUAUUUUUAUUUGAGCAGCAAACACCUUACUAAUUGUUUUUAGUUUACUAUUAAAAUAUUACAACUAUAAAAUGUUUGUUCAGGAGAAAUUUUGCUUUACAAUGAAAGAAUAUUUUAAGGUACAGAUUCUAAUAAAAAUCAUUAAUAA